UAUGUAAAUCUUGAUUGUUAUUCGCGAGUUUGAGUUUGAUUUGUAUUAUUGAUUUUUCUUGCAUUCGAAAAUAGUGGGCACGUGUUUCACGAUACUAUAUAUUGUUACUAUACUGUUUACUAUAUUUCAGUUGGCAGUAGACAUGCGCGCAAUCACUGUGUAAACUAUUAAGAUCCAGGUUAAGAGACAUCAAAAUAAUCGACAUUCCAAGGCCGUAAUAGUACGAAACGAAUCGCGCACGUGUGUGUAUUUUUAAUCUCGCGAGAACGGACGAUAAGCGGUUUCGCGGGGAGCACAUGUUUACGCGGUUUAAAAGCGGCUGCGGGUAUUUAAUCGUCACGCGUGAGAUGUCGAAACAGCGGUCCACGAAGAGCGCGAAGGCACCGAAGACGGCGAGCACCGAUGUUCCAUCUACGGGACCUGUGGUCUUAAAUAAAGACGGAAAUGUGUCGAUUAAAAUUCAGGCUAAACCCGGAGCGAAAUGUAACAAUGUAACCGAUAUUUCCGACGAAGCAGUAGGCAUUGCAAUCUCCGCUCCGCCAACGGAAGGCGAAGCUAAUGCUGAACUCGUAAAAUAUCUAGCUUCGAUUUUUGGAGUGAGAAAAUCCGAUGUAUCCUUAGACCGGGGAUCUCGAAGUCGGCAAAAGAUAGUUGUGGUGUCGGGAAUUACAACAAAUCAAGUUUUGGCGAAAUUGAAAGGAGAGAUGGAUAAUUGAAUGUUUUUUAAAAUAAAUUUUUCUGUCAUUAAACGAUUUUUCCUUUAUACA